UGUUGGACACAGACGGAACUUUGUAGUGCUGAUAAAGUAUAGAACCAGAUGAUGUCUUUGUUCAGAGAUCUCAGACUUCCCUCCACACUUUCGCUCCAUAUUGUCAGGGCAUCACAAUGCUUUACCUAAUCAUUUUGUUCAUGAUGCACACAGCGCCGAAUGGAAGCGACCGAGAGAAAUCAGCAAAGAACAACCCCAGUUUAUCUUGAAGGGUCAAAGCAGACAUGACCUUGACCAGGGAGGAUUAGGUGACUGCUGGUUCGUCGCGUCUGCUGCUGCCAUGGCCACCCACCACAGAGCUGAGUUUGAGAGAGUUGUGCCGGUAAACCAGUCUUUUGACAGGGGAUACUAUACAGGACGAUUUACAUUCUACUUUUACCCCGCUGGAGUAAAGCAAAAAGUUGAAGUAGACGACUAUCUGCCCACACGGGCUGGGAGACUCAUCUACUGCAGUAACCGUGAGAGGCCCUAUGAGUUCUGGCCUUGUCUGUUGGAGAAGGCUUAUGCCAAAUUUAAAGGCAGCUACGCUGCACUGUAUGGUGGCAGGAUGAAAGUUGCAUUGGGCGACUUGACCGGACGUCCAGUGGAGGUCAUCGAUAUUCGUCACCUGACCCAAGGAACAGACGACAUGUAUAGUAAGCUGCAAGAUGCCAGCAAUAAUCGGGCAGUAAUGGCAGCUGCGAUCCAUAAGACAACAGACCAACAAGUAGAAGAGAAGAUAGGAAAUGGUCUUUAUGCAGGGCACGUCUACAGCAUCACAGGCUACCAUCAGCUGAGGUACUACGGUAGGGUGGUGAAUUUGAUCCGACUGAGAAACCCGUGGGGACAUGGAGAGUGGACAGGUGCAUGGUCUGACAGUUCCCCCGAGAUGAACUCACUCAACGACAGACAACUCAGAGAAUUGAGAGAAAAGAAAAAAGACGAUGGAGAGUUCUGGAUGGAAUUUAAUGAAUUUGUCAAACAUUUCCACGAGAUCAACCUUUGUUACGUGUAAAAUAAGCACAGAGAAGACAAACAAGCAAACAAACAAACAAGCUCACACAUCAAGAAUACAGUAUAGAUAUAGAAAUGGAGAUUUAAUUUACCAUGGCGUUUAAAAAACUACCACUUUACGUUUGGCAAAAUAUCAUUCAAGCUCUUAUUGAAAUCCAAAUUGUAACAUAUAUUAAACACGAUGUGGAGAAUUAUUUUAUACAAGAGCAAUUUAUUUUGAUACUAUUUCGCAUAAAAUCAAAGUGUAUAGUGAAAUGUUCAGUGAAGGAUACUUUAUUGAAGUCAUACUAUAUCUACUAAUACUAAAUUUAGAUUUAUUAAAUAUAUUAAAGUAUUUAA